CCAAAAUGAUGAUUGCCAAACCUCUACUACAACAACUCUUCUUCUUCUCUAAAGCAGCCCAACAUGGCCUUACCCCCUUUGUUGCAUGUUCUCAGGGGCGAGGUUUAUGUAAACUUUGGGGAUAGUGAUGUCCCCACCCCGGGAAGAAGCUUGUUGUAGUCCUUAAACAGAAUUCUUUAAAAGAAAAUAUCUCCCUUUGUAUUGAACUUUGAGCGUUGUAACUUUCCAGAUGUUGUUUAUGCUCAAACAGCAACAUUACACACUAACAAGUUAAAAAAGUGAAAUCAUAAUCAACCACCCCUUUAAAACCAAAACUUACAAAAUCAGAACUAUAUGUAUUUUAUUCCCCUGAACAUUGUAUGUUGCAAUGUGUUUAAAGAUUAUAUAUCACUGUUAUAUUAGUUAUAAUGUGUGUUUCAAUCAUGCAAUCCAAAAUAUCUACCAAGGGAGGGGCUCUUCCAUGGCAAAUGUCUUCCUCAUCUUGGGAGAGACUGCUUAAAAGAAAAUGAUUGGUUGUGGAUGGUGUGUAUGUCGUCUUUUCAUUGGCCGAGCAGGUGCACUAUUGCACACAGUUUCAUAUGACUGCACCUGUGCUCGCCCUACCUGUUUGACCUGACUUGAGCGCAGCUGAAGUCACGCCCACCUUCCCCAGGUCAACCGCUGUAGCAUAGCGAGGGGAAACUGUCAUUCUUGAUUCUCCUUGGGAUUUUGACUCAUGCAGCAUUAAUCUAGAUUAGUGAAGGUAGAUCUGCUUACAAGAGUGACAAUAUGGGGUCUGAUGAGGCCUACAACUUUGUUUUCAAAGUGGUUCUUAUUGGAGAAUCUGGUGUUGGGAAGAGCAACUUGCUGUCACGGUUCACCAAGAAUGAAUUUAAUCAUGACAGCCGGACGACCAUCGGAGUGGAGUUCAGCACAAGAACUGUGCAGCUAAAUGGUCUCACCAUCAAAGCUCAGAUCUGGGACACAGCCGGACUGGAGCGGUACCGGGCCAUCACUUCUGCAUAUUAUCGAGGAGCAGUUGGAGCCCUACUAGUCUACGACAUUUCAAAGCACUUGACGUAUGAAAGUGCCGAGCGCUGGUUGAAGGAACUCUACGAUCACGCAGAUGCUCAUAUCGUAGUCAUGCUUGUGGGCAAUAAAUCGGACCUGGCAGAAAUACGGACCGUUCCAACAGAGGACGCAAAGGACUUUGCAGAAAAGAAUGGUCUUCUGUAUAUGGAAACCUCAGCUUUGGGGUCAGUAAAUGUCGAGGAGGCAUUCAACACUGUGCUUGCAGAAAUCCAUAAAAAGGUGAGUAGCAAAGAAGUGACUCGAGGCUCUAUCAAUGCUGUGACGUUGUCCCAACCCAAAGCAGAUGACGCACAGGUGGAGAAGAAGGCCUGCUGCAAGAACAUGUGAAAGAAUGUUCUGGAUGUUCAGAAGGACUUCACAAGGAUCCUAAUGGAGUUGUGAAUUCAGCUUGUACAAUAGAGCCAUCAUUAAGAAAGAACCAGUAUGGCAAAAAAGCAAAAGGAAAUUCAUUUCAUUAACUGACAUAGCCAUAUUUGUAUUCAUAAAUAUUAUGUAGGCUUUUUAAUAUUUGUCAGGUUUGACAAGGAUUAUUUGACCUCAUUUUUUAUUAUUCCUUUAUUUAACCAGGGGAAGUCAUAUUGAGACUAUAGUCUCUUUUUCAAAUACAUUUUAAUGUAUUUUCCCCAAUUUGUUCCCUCUUAGUAUAUUAGAUUUUUGUUUCUACAAGCCAAACUUUUUUUUUUUUUUUUUUUUUACUUACAUACUUUAAGCAGACGCUUUUAUCUAAGGUGACUUACAAAUGAGAAAUACAACAAGUAAUUCAUCUUACUCAACAUGCUGGAGUAAUAACUUUAUCACUGUAAUUAGUAUGUAAGAUUGAGGAAAGAACAUAUUUUUCCAUUUACACAUUUAUUUUAACAUUUAAUUAAUUUUAACAUUUUUUAUUAUUUAAGACUAAUCAGCUCUAAAUCAAUCAAAGUGCUGAUUUUUAUCUUCGUAAUGAAUGCUUGACAUUUUUGCACAUUAUAUUUUCAUUAUCAUUAUGAUAAUAUGAUCACUGAUGCUGGAGGUAUUAUCAAUUGCUGUUGUUAAUGCAAAAAAAGAAAGUAUAUCCAAUAUGUCAUUUUCCAAUUAUAAUUAAAGCAGGAAUAUGUAAGAAAAA